CAGUGACGUAUUUACGACAAAUCCCAAAACGAGGUCUCACCACAGAAUUGGGGGACCAAGUAUGAUCAGCCAACAUGCCACAAGCAGUAUUUCGAAGUAUGGUCAUUUCGCCUUGCACAGUUCCGAUUUUUGGUUUCGAAAUUCGGUGAAUCCACUGAAUCAUUCCCUAAAACACUCAUAACAACGCAAAAUGGCUGCAGCAGAUGAUGAUUGGGCACUCGCUGUCAACGAACAGGAGAGUAAAUUGUUCUCGAAGAUGGAAGAACUGAAACUUGACAAGACUGGUACUGCCAGUGGCAGUGCCAGUGCGGGAGAGAAUCAAGUCCAGAUUACAAUGCCACCAUCUUCCAAUGCCAAUGGUCAAGCGACAUCUGGUGGUGGUGAUGCUGCUCAGGCUGCUAUAGCCCGUGUCGGAACAACAGCUGAGGGAGAAGAAAAAGAAUUGUCACCUGCUGAUGCUUCCCUUUUGAGAAAGUUAGUCCGUUCCAAAUUGGUCACGACAAAAGCAGAUCUAACAGCCCAGCAGAAAGACCCACUGUCACCGCUUUAUUCGGCAAAGUCAUUUGAGGAGUUAAAACUCAAACCAGAAUUACUGAAAGGUGUCUACGACAUGGGAUUCAAUGCCCCUUCCAAAAUUCAGGAGACUGCCUUGCCCACUUUACUCUGUGAUCCUCCAAUGAAUAUGAUAGCACAGUCACAGAGUGGUACAGGAAAAACAGCUGCAUUUGUUUUGACCAUGUUGAGUCGGGUUGACCCAACAAAAAAUUAUCCACAGUGCCUGUGUCUGUCGCCGACAUAUGAAUUAGCUUUACAGAGUAGUGAAGUGGUGGAGAGGAUGGGAAGGUUUAUGCCUGAUGUCAAAAUUGGCCAAGCCGUAAGGGGACAAAAAGCUACAAGAGGUGGUUUAGCGCCAUAUCACAUCAUCAUCGGUACUCCUGGAACGGUGCUAGAUUGGUGUUUAAAAUUCAAAGUAAUAGACUUGAAGAAAAUCACUGUUUUUGUGCUAGAUGAAGCAGACGUGAUGAUAGCCACGCAAGGCCAUAAAGAUCAAUCCAUAAGACUGCAGAAACAACUAGACAAGAGAAACUGUCAGAUGUUGUUGUUUUCUGCAACUUAUGAAGGCGAGGUGAUGAAGUUUGCUCAGUCGAUUAUUCCCAAUCCUGUCACGAUAAGUCUUCGUCGAGAAGAAGAGAGUUUAGACAACAUUAAACAGGUCUAUAUCACGUGCCAAGAUGACCAAGAAAAGUUCGAGGCAUUAUCCAAUAUCUAUGGUGUGUUAUCAAUAGGACAAGCUAUGAUAUUUUGUCAUACAAAGAAGAAAGCCAAUUGGUUGGCAACGAAGAUGGUGGAAGAAGGCCACUCGGUGGCACUCCUUAGUGGCGAACUUGCUGUUGAGCAGCGAGCAGCUGUGAUCAGUCGUUUCCGUGAGGGCAAAGAGAAGGUGCUGAUUACGACCAAUGUGUCAUCUAGAGGUAUUGACAUCGAGCAGGUCACAGUCGUAGUAAACUUCGAUCUUCCCGUUGACCAGUUCUAUAAAGCGGACUUCGAAACAUAUCUGCAUCGUAUUGGCCGGACGGGUCGGUUUGGCAAGAACGGCCUGGCAAUCAACAUGGUGGACGGACGCCGAUCAAUGGCCAACCUCAAAGCUAUAGAGGAGCACUUUGGACGAAAAAUUAACCACCUUGACAGUGACGAUGUGGAUCAAAUCCAGGCUUUGGCACCAUAGAAUUUAUAUUCGUCAAAUGUUGUGAUCGGAGUAAUGCUGGCUUAAAGACACUGGCGUUCAGUACUGAGGCAGAGCUUGUUUUAGGAAAAUACAAAAUACGUUUGCCGACGGCAGGGCUGCAUAUUUCUACCCAAGGACUAUUAUUAAGAGUAUAAGUAUUCUGUUGCCGCAUGGAAAUGUGAAAAAUUAUUCGCCAAGCAAGUACUUGGUAUGGACCUACAUAAGAGUCCAAUGUGACACCAACUGGAUAUCCUGGAUAGCGGACUGCCACCGGACCUUUUUUCCUCAGCCAGCUGUAUAUUUGUCCUACAAAAAGCUUAAGAUAAAAAUGUGUUGGACUGGAAUAAUCGAAUAGUUCAAUGCUUGGUAAACUAAAGGAUGGUUCUGCUCCUUGGCAAUAUUGGACUCGUGAAAUGGUUAAAACCAUUUUGUACUUUAGCGAUUGCCAUUAACAGUUCAGAAUUCAAAAUCAUAGAAGUGAAAUUGAAAAAUAUUCAUUGUGCUACGCUAGCUUUUGGGCAGUUUGCCACCAGGUUUUGGCUGGUGUGACUGUAUAUAUGUGCUUUCAUCAUGAAGUAGCCGGCUGGGAGAGUGGGGGGUUAAUCCAAAAGAAGGGGUAUGCUCAUCAGUGUCCAUGUUGAUUUCAUAAAGCCUCUUCUGCAGGCAUGCGUUGACAGGGAGCAUCUUCAAGCCAGACCCAGUCUGUCUUGCUGCAGUGCAAUGUUAAAUUGCGAGUGUGCUGUUUUCUUUCAUAAUUGGAGCUUUUUCUCAAUUCACUUCAGAUUGGUUGAGUGAACCUAUCCCCCCUCCAAGAAACAGACAAAGGUCAAAUUGUGGAUAUUUGUUUUCAAAGUCCAAUAUUUUAAUAAUUAUGAUCUAUAUACGUGUGAAAAAGUAAUGUACUUGUACUCCACUUUUCUAUUGUAAAGAAAAAUGUGUUCAUCCUUUGGGAGGAGAGAUAUUAGAUGUGGUCAUAUUGAUGUGGUUGCAUGUCUUUCUUAUCAUGAUCAUGGUGCAAUAAGGUCUGUUCAGCUCAGAAAGGUGGACAGUUCAGCUAAGAACAGUGGCCCUUGUUGGGAUGAGGGUUACCGCACUAAUUAUCCCAUGUAUUUAUGGAAAAAUCUUUACAGCAUACAUGUGUCCGCAGGGUUGGUGCGCCCGUUCACAUUUUCCCCACUUGUGAAUGCUGCACAUGAGUGGCGAAUGUAAAACAAUGUCUGGCUAAAAAAUUUUCGAAUUCAAUUUGAAUUGUCAUGAUUUGGCGAGAGAGUAAGUGUUGUGCGAAAAUUGAUCAAAGUCUACCAAAAAGAUCCACUUCCACACCAAAUGCACCAGGGAACUAUCGUUAGUCAGUCCAUGGAGGUAUAAAUAUCUCCAUGGUCAGUCCAACUUUAUCAUAUUUGCGGGCGGCCGCGCUAUCACACGUAGUUGCUACUGCAUGUACUGUGGGCUGGGUCAGCCCCAAGAUGGACAAACAAUCGGCAAUGGCUAGAGCUGACUCAAUUUGGCUAAAAGUGACAGUCACUUGGCUAAAAAGUUUUGUGGCUCCCUUUCGAAUAUUGACUUCUUUUACUCAGGCCAUAAAACAUGUAAAUUUCUGAAUGAAUUCAUCUUUAGUGUUCCCUAAUGAAUAAAGUUGUUAUACCUUGAAAAA